AUGGCCCCGAGCGUCGGGCCAGGGGGUUGGGGGCACCCAGAGGGCAAUUCGGCCAAGAAGAGUGCCAACAGCAAGUCCACUGGGACGGCUAUCACGCUGUGCGGGUCCUCGAGUGGCGACGGCAGCCUCUGGUUUAUGAAGCAGCUCCAUGACGGUGUCAAGCUCAGGCUGUGCGACGACGUCGACGAAUCGAACGACAGAGGGCUUCGCAAGAGCACAGUGUAUUGGUUGUGGAAGCUGGAUGUGACAAAAAUAUUAUGCCUCAAGAACCUCGGACGCGAAGAAGGCCAUGCCGAAGCUUGCAGGGAUCGCAUGCGCAGCAAGGGUUGCACCAAGGACGUGGACGCCCUGAACAAGCUACUAGAACAGUGCAGGGAGGCGAGGGUGAUCACCUCGGAGGAGGGGUACUUCAACGCCAUGGACGACGCCACUCUGUCGAAGGCGCUGGAUGCUUGUUCCGACGCGCUUGGAGAUAGGCCAUUCCCUUCCGAUGUGCUCGCCAGGCUGCACAAACGCAGGUCCCUUCGGGCCCGCGAGAGCGCCUUCACGAGCGCAGGGACAUCUGAAAUGCUGGAGUAUUUUGCUAUCAACCGCUUGGCGCCGCAUUCGCAUGAGUUCGACAUCAAGCGCGUCUGCCUCGUGGACCUGGACGGAAGCCCGCAGGAUAAGAUCGACCAGUUAUACACCGUCUUGUUCGAGGAUGUUGUGUUGUAUCGUGUAUCCCAGGCGCUCGACCCCACCGUAGAUGUGUCCAUCAAGGCUGCUGAGACCACGAUAUCUUUGUUCCUGGCCUGCUUGGUGACAGAGAUGAGGGCUUUCAGCGAGGAGGAGAACUACGCCGACGCGCUGAUGGACAUGCAGGAGAGCUGCCCUUUGGCCAUGGCCCUCCUCGGCGACGUACAUGUGGGAAACAUUGAUACCACCACCAAGUUGGAUGAAGUCCUGCCCAAACCCGCAAAUGCAGCUCAGAAGAGGUUCGCGGAGUUCUGCAACACGAACUCGCACGCUGGCACAUCGUGGGGAAAUGUUGUCAAGUCUUGGAGUGACGCCCGCGUGUGGCAGAACACGUUGCUGUCCAUCACGGCUGCCCUUAACACGCCAUGCCACGACCUCGCGGGCAGGAUUGACCAGGUCAGGAUACAGGCCAAGGAGAGUGCGCCUGUGCUCGUGAACGCCCCCCUCGACAUCAAGUUCAGCGUGCGACAUCUGCUCGAGAGCAAGGCAAAGGAGAUCUACGCGGAAUGCAUCGAGGCUACCAAAGGCGUUACUCCCGACAUCAUCGUGGCGGAGAAGUGCAUUACUUUGAUGGAUUGUAUCCUUGGCACGUGUCCGAAUUGCCCCGCCGAUUGGGUUACGAUGAAGGGUCAGCUGACCUCCGCGAUCACGAUGACCAAGCAGCACGCACUUGCCAACAACUUCUUAUCAUCAUGCCGCGGUGUUGCUGGUCUGCCUUUCUCAGCAGGCGUGCAGGUAUCAUUGAAGAGCACAGAGAACGCGCCGAUCGUUGACGAGUUCCUCAAGCAGUUCCGCAUCUUGGGGAACACCAACGUUACAUGGGGCGACGCGGGCGUGCAGGAUGUCUACAAGGAGGCGUUCGACAAGCUUGUCUACGGCUUGGUAGAGGACACGAUCGAGACGUGGGACGACCGCAGCAGGAACAUAUUGACCAACGCAGAGAAGCUGCUGGGGAUUCUUACCAACCAGCCUGCAGGUGCCAAGGAGGCGAUGCAGGUGCUGAAGGCGAUCGAGGCUACGCACGGGGCCACCGAUGCUUGGUGCCGCCUCGCGGACUGUCCGGAGCUUCGCUGGCGUGAGGGCUCGGGGCGGCUGAAGCUUGAGGAUUACCAGCGCAAGGCGGCCCAUCUCAAGAGCUGCCGCGACGAAUUGGAGGCGGUCGAGGAGAAGUGCGACUCCGCGAGGCAGGUGAGCAUCAUUGGCGACGCCUACUGCGACAACACGACGAGCGCACUGGCGGAGGUCAAGACUCAGGUCACGGACGCAGUGGCGAUGAAACUAAGAGAGUCUAUGCGCUCGUUCAGGCCAACGGCGAAGGGUGGCAAGGACGGACAGUCGUGGCAGGACGGUGUUGACGAUUGUGUGCAGUUUCCUGAGUAUCUCCGCAUCGCAGAGGAGAAGCUGUUCCCAUUCGACGGCAAGACCUUCAUCGAGCGCCUGGCAAUCCUGCAGCAGGACGUGGUCGAGAAGUUCUUCGAGCGGAAGUUCGAGGGGGAGAACCCGCGCCUCCUCGUCAAGCAGGGCCGCAUCACCGACGCCGAGUACGUGAUCAUGAAGCGCCUCAAGCAGUUCACCCUCACCGAGAAGAAAGCCGACGACAAGAAGCUCCUCAGGCAGGACAUCUCCAAGGAGCUCGCGACGAGGAGUCGCGAGGACAAUCUCUCGGUGGAUGCGGACUUCCACCCGUGCCUGCGUGAAGCCGCCAAGGCGGCGAAAGUAGGCAGAUUUCAGUGA